CCAAUGGCAGCGCCGCCACCAAAGCCAUGGGAAGGUGCAUCUAUAGACGCACCAGAGGUGCAGCAAUCAAGCGCACAAACAGGAGAUACGACACAGCCAGUUGUACCACCAAGACCAGCCAAUCUUAUGAAUCAGAAUCCGAUGUACGAUAAUGCUUAUAAUUCAAUGUAUCAACCAUAUCCUAGUGCCGGUAUCGGCAGUGGAAUGUAUGGGGACGCCUUUGGUGGAGGUUACGGCUCAUACGGCAAUAGGUUUGGCGCGCCAUAUUCGCGCUUCAGUGGUGGUAUGACUGGAAUGGGAAACUUCGGCAGCUAUGGCGGUUACCCAGGAUACGGUGGAUACCGACCGGGAAUUGGAUAUGGGGAUCCAAACAGCUUAGGACAACGUAUGGAAUCCGGUACGAUGGCUACAUUUCAAUUGCUCGAAUCGAUCGUUGGUACUUUCGGUGGGUUCGCUCAGAUGCUGGAGAGUACGUUUAUGGCAACUCAUUCCUCAUUCUACGCGAUGCUAGGAGUUGCAGAACAAUUUGGACACCUGAAGGGUUACUUAGCGGAAGUAUUAUCUGCAUUUAAUGUUCUCCGUUGGAUGAAGUUGUUAAUAGCUAAGGCACAAGGGAAAAAGUUGCCGGAGAGAUCGACAAAUGGACAAAAUAGACCAAGAAAGAAGCCACUCAUUAUAUUCCUACUUGCUGUUAUAGGAGUACCAUAUUUGAUGGCGAAAUUAGUCAAGAUAGCAUCAAAGUCACAAGUGAAUCAGCAUCUGUUAAUCGGAAGCAACGGUGAAAGAAUAGAUCCGAGGAAUUUAAAGUUUGUCAAGUGUAUAUACGAUUAUACGCCGCCUGAAGAACGUAAAAGCACAGAAAUUGUGAUUAAAGAGGGUGAUAUUAUUGCCGUACUCGAAAGGUCGGGCGAGUGGAUACAAGGGAGAACGAGGGAUGGAAGGUAUGGCUGGAUACCCAAAAAUUUUGUAAAAGAAAUAGAGUAGCGAAAUAAAU